CAGUAGGAGAGCGUGGCCCUGUGGUUAGAGCAGGGGGCUGGGAGUUGCAAACCCCUGGGUUCGAUGGCGAGGGAGUCCGGACUGCUGGAUUCUGCUCUUUGCUUUGAGACAUGCACGGGGGUGGAGAUGAGAACAGGGAGGGAUAAGAGCCAGACUGCCCCGGGUCACUCCUGCCGUGAGCUGCCUCAGGCCCUCUUCUGUGCCUCAGUUUCCCCGUGUUUAAACAAGGCAAUGGGUCCGCAGAGCUGGCAGAGGGCACCGCUGCCCCAAAACACGACUCCCCCUGCCAGCUCUGCCUGCUGGGGCUUCCCCCUCCUCCACGAGGUGUCCAGCCCCCCUCCCCGUGCCCGCUCAGAGUGGGAGCAACGUGGUCCCCAUUUGCAUUUCCCUCUGGGAAAAGAUCCUGGGGCUGAAGAGAGCCAGACUCUGCUUUCCACGCAGGGAGCCCCUGAGCGCCAGAGCUCUCGAUCCCCUGGGAUCCAGGGUGCAUGGAGAGAACUCUGCCCCGGGAUCACCCGGCCCCUGCGAUGCACCCACCCCGCUCUUGCUCCCUGCCCUUCCCCAGGCCUCACCCCACGCAAAGCCCCUGAUUGGCAGCGAGGCAGGACUUCCGCUCCCGGUCACCUACCUGCAGGCACCUGGCACCUGCCCAUGCCUUUGUGCCUCCCCCCGGCCGGAGCCGGGAGAGGAGCCUGGCGAGCUGCGGGGCGGCAAUGCACAGGCAGGGUCCCCGCAGCCGGUCCCCGGCCUCCGACGUGCAGCUGGACAGUGCGGCCUGCCUGGACAGACGCAUCAGAGCGGAGCAGGACCAGUGGCGCCGCGACACUCUCCUGGCCUCCCUGUCCCGCUUCCAGGACUGGCUGCAGGCAGCCGAGCAGGCGGCCACUGCCCCAGCCUCUGCCCAGGUGCCCUUCGCGGUGGCCAAGGACGAGCUGAGCAAGGUCGAGGUGCUGCAGCGGCAGAUCCAGGACAAGCUGAUGCACCUGGAGUCACUGAACUGGCUGUACCGCCAGCUGGGGCAGGCCGACGGGGCCGGCUGGCAGGGCCAGCUCCGAGCCGCCGUCCACGACAGCAACCAGCGCUGGGACGACCUCCAGACGCGGGCGGCGGCUGUCUCCAAAAGGCUGAAGUAUGUCGUGAGCCAGCGGGAGGAGUUCGAGUGGGAGCGGGAGGCCAUCCAGGUGUGGCUGAUGGAGCUGGACCUGCGGCUCACGGACGUGGAGCACUUCUCCGGGGGCUCCUCGCUGGAGAAGAUGAGCCAGCUGCAGGCCUUCCAGGACGCCGUGGCGUCCAACGCGGAGCGGGUGGACUGGCUGCUGGUGGCCGGGGAGCGCCUGAUCCAGCGCAGCGAGUCCCGGGACGCUGUGCUGCUGGAGGAGGAGCUGCAGGACCUGGUCUGCUACUGCCAGGAGGUUUUCCGGCGCGUCUCCUGCUUCCUCCGGCGGCUCGUCAGCACGAGGCUGGUCUUCGAGGACGGGCGGCUCUCGGACCCGGAGACCGACGCGGUCUCUGACUGCUCCUCCCUGGAAGCAGAGGCCAAGAGGGGACCGGGGCCCCUCGCUUUCGUGCCCCAGUCCACCCCGUGCCGGAUGCUGGAGCAGCCCCUGGACAGGGGCAGCGAGGACCUGGAGUGGGACCCCUCGGUGGAUGUUGGGGGGUCGACCUCCCACGAUGACGAGGACUCGUCUUAUUACAGCGCCAUCACGGGCUCAUGGGAAGAGUCUAGAUGGGGCCCCUCCUGCCAGCUGUGCAGCUCCCCCCGCUCCAGAUGUGGCCCAGAGGAUGGCCAGCUGGGCUCCCUCCCGGCCAGGGCACGCUUCCCUGUAGCAGUCCUGAGGUCCACAGACGCCGCUGGGGACAGCUCUGGGCCAGGCUGGCGGCCCCACAGGACAGCUCGGGGGGCCGGGACCGGACGCCAGGUGGACGGCGGGGGCUUCAACCACCGCCGCGUCGAGAGCUGGCUGGGCCAGCAGGGCAGCCCCCGCACCCCCCGCCCCAGGGCUCGGCGCCGGCUCCUGCCCAGGAGGAAGAAGGUGCCCGCCCUGGAAAGCCCGGCCCCCAGCCCCAAGCAGCUCGCCGGAGCCUGCUCCCGCCUGGACGAAGCGGAGGGCGCCACAGACACGGGGUCUGAGGACGCCCGGAAGUGCCCGAGGCUGCCCGCCUGGGUGAAGCGACUGCUGCUGGUGGCGCUGGGGCUGGCGCUGCUGGUGCUGGCCAGCACCACCCUCCUGUGCCCCCCGGCCCCCCCCUUCCCCCUCACGCUCAAGUACCUCAACGGGCCGCCCCCCACCUAGCCCCCCGCCUGC